UAGCUCGCCCAAAUCAACAUCAGGUUUGGUUUCGCUCCCUUUACCGUGUGGAAGAGGAUUGUGCAGUUUGACAGGAGAGGAACUACUGCACUCAAUUUACGUCCCUAUCCUGCUCUCUGUCCAGCUGCAUCAUGGGAAAGAAGAGUCGAGUGAAGACUCAGAAGUCGGGGACAGGCGCCAUGGCUGUGGUCUCCCCCAGAGAGAUGAUAAACCUCAUAUCGGAGCUCCUACAGAAAUGCAGCAGUGCUGCACCUUCUCCAGGGAAAGAGUGGGAGGAGUACGUCCAGAUACGAGGCUUGGUGGAGAAGAUCAGGAAGAAACAGAAAGGUAUCUCCGUGAUAUUCGAGGGCAGCAGAGAGGAGUUCUUCCCGAAGCUGAUGGCGUGGGCUCAGGAGAGUGGAGCGUCCUGCGAGGGUUUUGAGAUCGCCAACUUUGCUGGCGAGGGCUUCGGCCUCAGGGCAACCAAGGACAUCAAGGCAGAGGAGCUGUUUCUGUGGAUCCCCAGGAAGAUGCUGAUGACUGUGGAAUCGGCCAAGAACUCUGUCCUGGGUCCCCUGUACAGCCAGGACCGUAUUCUCCAAGCCAUGGGUAAUGUGACCCUGGCCCUCCACCUGCUGUGUGAGCGGGCUGACCCCUCCUCCCCCUGGCUGCCCUACAUCAAGACCCUCCCCUGGGACUACGACACCCCUCUCUAUUACGAGGAGGAAGAAGUACGCCACCUGCUGUCCACUCAAGCCAUUCAGGACGUCCUCAGCCAGUACAAGAACACCGCUCGGCAGUACGCGUACUUCUACAAAGUCAUCCAGACUCAUCCGACCACCAGUAAACUGCCCUUGAAGGACGCCUUUACGUACGACGACUACAGAUGGGCGGUUUCCUCGGUGAUGACCCGUCAGAACCAGAUCCCUACAGAGGACGGUAGCCGCGUCACCCUCGCCCUAAUCCCUCUCUGGGACAUGUGUAACCAUACCAACGGUCUGAUCACCACUGGUUACAACCUGGAGGAUGACCGGUGUGAGUGUGUGGCUCUGCAGGACUACAAAGAGAACGACCAGAUUUACAUAUUCUAUGGGACGCGGUCCAACGCUGAGUUUGUGAUCCACAACGGCUUCUUCUUCCAGGAGAACGCCCACGACAGGGUCAAGAUCAAACUGGGCGUGUCCAAGAGUGAACGGCUGUACGCCAUGAAGGCGGAGGUGCUGGCCCGCGCUGGCAUCCCCUCGUCUAGUAUCUUUGCCCUGCACUGCAGCGAUCCUCCAAUCUCUGCCCAGCUAUUGGCCUUCCUCAGAGUCUUCUGUAUGACCGAGGAAGAGCUGAAGGACUACCUGGUAGGAGAACAUGCCAUCAAUAAGAUCUUCACCCUGGGUAACACCGAGUUCCCUGUGAGCUGGGACAAUGAGAUCAAACUGUGGACAUUCCUGGAGACCAGGGCUGCCCUGCUGCUCCAGACCUACAAGACCAGCUCCCAGGAUGACCAGUGUGCGUUGGAGAAGCCCGGCCUCUCCCUCCACUCCCGCGUGGCCAUCCAGCUGCGCCUGGCUGAGAAGCAGAUCCUGGAGAGGGUGGUGGCCAGCGGCAAGGCCAAGCGCCUGCACUUCCAGCAGCAGCAGGAGGAAGGCGCUCCGCUGCCACGCUAUGAGGAGAGCGACAUCGCCCUGCUGGAGAAUGCCGAAGCCGACGACAAACUGCCCAUCAUCCUGAGGAAACUAGAGGAGGAGGACGAGGAGGGAGACGACCAGGCAGCGGUGGAGCAGGUGUUGGCUCAGGUACAGCAGCUGGGACACGGGGGCGCAGCCAGGGAUCUAGCCCCCCUCAUAGUCAACGGGGAUGGUGGGAAGGUGGUGGUCAACGGGAAUGGUACGGACGCUAGCCCAGUCCUGGAGGUUGGAGACGCUAGCCCGAUUCAGGAGGCUAGCAAAGAAGCUAGCUCAAUCUCCUCAGACGCAGGCCGAAGUGUUAGCCAAGCCCAGGACACUAACCCUGCUCAGGAAGGGGAUCAUGUGGAUGCUAACUCCACCAUGCCUGACACUGCUGUCCCUGCAACCACCCAGGAACAGGAAGGCCAAACCAAGAACGGAGACAAGGCUACUGCUUCUCUCUCACUGGGAGUGGACUUGGACCUGAGUGCGGAACGAACUGGAGAUGAGCCCAAAGUCAACAGUGAAUAGAUGGAAUCAUCAUCUAGCUAACCGUUAUUGCAGAAGAAGAGCAGCAGUCAGCCAGUCAGUCAGCCCUUUUCUAUUUAUUUAUUUUUGUCUCUCUAAAGUGACUCAGAAAUAAAGAAGGAGCUAAGAAUAAUAAAAAUAAAAAAAACAGAAUUUGAAUUUUUAAAUGGUAGAACUUUUCACUAUCUAUCCAUUUCGUUAGUUCGUCCCUCCUUCCAUGGCUUUGUUAUUGGUGCCUUCCUAUCUACCAAGCGCUGCAGACUGCUUGCACACUGCCAGUCAGUGUGUCUCUCCCAUCGGCCUUCUAUCUGAGCAUUAGAAGUUUGUCAUUUACAUGAAAAACUGCCUUUUUGUUUUUGAGGUUUGAACAGUGAUUUACUGGUUUACAUUGAGUUUAUUGACAUGAGAGAAUGGUAGGGAGUAACAAUCGCAGGGGACGGCGCCGGUUUCAGUUCCACUACUGUAGGUGGGACAGAAAGAAAGAAAUUAGAUUUAAAUUGUAUUUAAUUUUGUCUCUAGCAAGCCAAAAUCUCAUCCUAACCCUUUACCUCUCAGUCAGUUUAUUACU